CCGGCCAGCUUGAUACAUUGUGACACGUUCAGCUCCUAGCUUUAGCCGCUGUUGACCCGGAGGUUUUGUGCCUCUCUUGCAAACCCCUCUUGGCACGUUCAAAUCCUCCAGCCUAUUCACAGCCACGCUCUUUGUUUUCUUCGGCAGGGUUUUGGCUAAGCUACUCUCCUUUUAGACAGCAUUGCUCGGACCCGCGGCAGGGUGGUGUUUUGAAAACGGAGCUGGCGUCGUGUUUGGCUCCGUGUGAGAUGUUGCAGUGCAACAACACCGACGCUAAGUGCUUGUGUUUUGUGUUAUUCGCAGGUUAUAAACGUGGGAAGUGUCUCCCCGGCAGUGUUUUCAACGUGCAGUUCCCUGUUUUGGCCGAUGCUUGCUGCGCUACAGCAUGACCACAGCAGCGUCGGCUCAUCUGGUAGUUCUGGCAAAUGAAAAUGGAGGAGGUUUCAAUGUCCAGCCUGGACAACAGCAAGCUGGAGGGCCUAGCUCAGGACAUCCUGUCUGACCUGGUGGAGGAUGCAUGCCUGGGUCUUUGCUUCGAGGUCCACCGGGCCGUCAAGCAGGGCUAUUUUUUCCUGGAUGACACGGACCAAGAAAGCAUGAGGGACUUUGAAAUCGUGGACCAGCCGGGAUUGGAUGUGUUUGGCCAGGUGUACAACCAGUGGAAAAACAAGGAGUGCGUUUGUCCCAACUGCAGCCGAAGCAUCGCUGCCUCACGCUUUGCCCCCCACCUGGAGAAAUGCCUGGGGAUGGGACGCAACAGCAGCCGCAUAGCCAACCGCAGAAUAGUCACCGGUAACAACACCAACAACAAGUCAGAGAGCGACCAAGAGGAUAACGACGACGUUAAUGAUAAUGACUGGUCUUACGGGGCAGAAAAGAAAGCCAAGAAAAGGAAAUCGGAUAAGAAUCCAAACUCACCCAGAAGAUCCAAAUCAUUCAAACAUAAGAACAGCAUGAUGGGUCCGAGACGUCGCAUGGACAACCAGGAAAGCCCACGCAUGCUGAUGAAAGAUGAGGCAUUCCCUCAAUAACACACUCAGCCACAAAGACACAUUCUCUUAGCACGGUGUGUGCGCAUACACACAAAACGGGAAAGACCAACAACACUUCACCCUCAGUUCUUUAUGUUGUGAAAUCAAUGGACGUCGAUGUUAUACGUGACAUUUAUGGCGUUUGCUGCUCUGCCGAAGCAGUUCAGACCUCCCACUGUAUACUUGACUGAUUUUUUUUUUUCUUUCUUCUUCACAAAAUCAUUGUACCAACACUCAGUUUUUUUUUUUCACUUCUUUUUUGUAGUUAAUUUUUGUUUCAGAAGUUUUUGCUGGAGUCCAAAAUAAUGAAUAUCACCAUAUACGAUUUCACUGCACAGAAGUAGGUGUAAUUCAUUCGGUGGCCAAGCAGAGGCAGCUGUGUGAAGAGUGAAAGUGUGCACAUACAGUAUGUUGUUUCUUUAAAAUACAGAACUGAUUAGCCAUUAGGUGUACUUUAUUUCCUCACCUUUUAAAAUGUCAUUCUUUGAAAAAAAAAAUAAUGUCAAAGACAAUCAUUACUAAUGGUUUGUCUUUUUUAUUUUCACAUUCACUGUCAGGCUCAUAGUUCUCCAAUUGAAUUACAAUAACAGUGUGUGAGAGAGUUUGUCAUUCACCUGUGGAAACUUGUUUUAAAAAUGUUCAGUCGAUGAACCCCUAAUUGUACAAGCAGGUAUUUGUUGCUGAAAGCAGGUUUGUUUUGUUUCAUUUUGUUUUGGUGGAUAGACUGGCUUGUUUUCUAGCAUUCAAAAAAAUGUCUUUGUAUCAUGUGUUUACAUUGUAAAGGGUUACAUAUAUCCUUGGUGUGAAGUGAUAGUGUAAAUAUUCCAAUAGUUGAAUUGCUGCUAUCAUGGCUCAGUUUGUUUCAUCUGUCUAGCAUAAUAAAUGAUUUGUUACCUGUC